AUGAGCACAGCUUUCGGAAGCAGAGGGAAUGCUUGGGGAUCGAGUAGCGUAUGGGCUGGUGGGAUAUUCAACGGCAUGGCUUCGACCGCGGCUCAGAGAGGCAACUCGGUGUCGCGAGGUGUCGCUCAGCCGCCGUUGACGAAUGCGUCGAGGCAUGUUGAAGGCAAGACGGGCUCUGGCAUCCUUGUCGAGUCUUCCGUUUGCGACGAGUACGGCUCUCGGACGUGGGGCGCAUCCCGCAACAGUGCUUCAAGCCGGUCAAUUCCGCGAUUCUCGGACAACACGCUCUUGCAGCAACGUGGUAUAAACAAUGUCCAGGCAAACAUGGUGACGACCGCGAGCGCUUACACUUCUCGCCCGUCCAUGGCCAAUUCGAACUCGACGGCGCCCGCACAAGCAAGGCCAAGCUUCGGAUCUGCGCAUCAGGUCGGAACAAGCUCCCGCGGCAGCGAGAGUGCGCCUUUCAACGUCUACACAAAGUUUGACAGACCAAGCGAUCCCAUGUCGCUGAAGAAGCACGAUUCUGGAUCCGCGGUAUGGUCAUCAACACCUUCUCCAACCGACGAGCGACGCCCGCAGUUCCCCAUUCAGCACAGCAAUGGCCGCACACCCAGCAUGCCAACUUCCAGAGAUGGCAGCGAUCCACCCUCCCGCGACUCCGACCAGAAGCCAGUCUUCCAGUAUCCUCAAUAUGAAUAUGCUCAAAUGAGGUCCAGCUCUCGGGAACCAUCCAUCUCUUCGAAACGAAACGCGACAUACAAUGACUUGCACCAUGCCAAUGGUGACCAAAUGGGCAUGCAAUUUGGACAGCUCAGCUUCAAUGCCGACAGCCGGCCGAGCACUUCACACAGAUCUCCUUUCGCUGACGGAUACAGCAACGGAUCUGUGGGAAGAAGUCCCAUGUCGUACUCUGUCAACGCCAAUUCCAGUUAUGGUAGCGUUACGGAGCUACCUCGCCUCAGCAGAAACAACUCCGUUCAAGAUGAAUACAGCAUCCCACAACAGCCCAGCGGCUUUUCUUCCAACUCGGGCCCACGCUACACCGAGCGUUUUCAACAAUCCGGCGGUGCGUUCGAAUUCCGCCCAGGUCAUCCUUACCAGAGCAACUCGAUUGUGUCCCGACCUUACGAGUUGUCAAGGCAGCCACCAGAGUGGAACUUCUCGAAUGGUGCGUCAUCAGCGACCAGGCGCUCUGCAGGGCUGCCAGAACAACACGUCUACCACGAUCCUCGGGUUCAGCAAUACAUGGCUACGCAGUACCACAACCCGUACGCUAUGUACAAUGAGUUCGCAGUGCAAAAUGCCCUUCACUUGCACGCCGCGUCACCAUACCAAAACCUGUUGCCAUUCAACAUGAAUAUGAUUAUGAAUUCACACGGCCAACCUGCUGCGGCACCUCAGGAGACCUUGACCGGCGAAGGUGUGCAAAGCGCAUUGAUGUACGAAUUCAAAUCCAACACCAAGAGCAAGCGGUACGAGCUCUGCGACAUCUACGACCACAUCGCAGAGUUUAGCGGAGAUCAACACGGCUCGCGGUUCAUCCAGACAAAACUUGAGACCGCCAACUCGGACGAGAAGCAGCGUGUCUUCCAAGAGAUCGAGCCAAACGCAAUUCCACUCAUGACUGAUGUGUUCGGGAACUACGUGAUUCAAAAGUUCUUUGAGCAUGGCGACCAGACGCACAAGAAGAUUCUGGCGAACAAGAUGAGAGGACACGUGCUGCAGCUCAGUCUCCAAAUGUACGGCUGCCGUGUCGUCCAAAAAGCGCUCGAUCACGUCCUUGUAGAUCAACAAGCUAUACUCAUCGGCGAACUGGAGAACCACAUCACCAAAYGCGUCAAGGAUCAGAAUGGCAACCAUGUUAUUCAAAAGGCUAUUGAGCGCUGUCCGCCGGCUACCAUUGAGUUCAUCAUCGCUGCUUUCCGCGGUCAAGUUCAGCAGCUCAGCAUCCACGCCUACGGCUGCCGGGUCAUUCAACGCUGCUUGGAAAAGUGUGAUCUCCCCUCCAAGGCCAUGAUCAUGUCUGAACUAUUGGAAGCUAUUCCAACGAUGAUUUCUGACCAGUUCGGCAACUAUGUUGUCCAACACAUCGUCGCUCACGAUGAUGGAGAAGGCCAACGCAAAGUAAUGUACAUCGUCGCAAGAGGGCUGGAAGGCUACAGCAAGCACAAGUUUGCUAGCAAUGUGGUUGAGAAGUGCCUCGAGCGAGGCGACGAUGCCUGGCGGCGUAAUGUCGUCCUCCAGCUUGCUCGUGCGCAGCAAGAUCCAAGGAGAAUGAUGGACAUGUCUCGUGAAAGCGAGGGCGUUCUUGUGAACAUGAUUAAAGACAACUUUGGCAACUAUGUCAUUCAAAAACUGCUCGAUACUGUGUGUCGAGAUGAUUAUUUCAUGUUCCUCGAAGUGCUGCGCCCAGCAAUGGUUCAGGCCAGACGAUCAGGCUGUGGAAAGCAAGUUCUUUCCAUUGAGAAGAAGAUGCAUCGAUUUGAAGAGCACCACAAUGGUCUGCCGCCUGGUGUGAAUCCAUAUGGCAGGACUUCGUUUCAGCUGCCGCCCAUGUCCAUGGGCAUGCCUGCGCCGCCCUUUGCGACCAGCUACGAUUCCGCGGCAACGACUCCGCCAGCACUCACAGCCGAUACUCAGAGUCUCCAGAGCUCCCGUGUCCCAAGCGUCAACGGCGACGCCAUCGARGGUGCUUCUGCCAUUCGCAAAGGCAGCGAACAGAGCAACGAUUUCUACUGA